AUGGCUUCACUUUAUUUCACUUCUUCAAAGUUUUUAUUUGGACUGACAAUGUUGAUUGCAGUAACACAGGCCGCAAUGGGCAAUAUCGGCACUACUGCUCAAGCAAGAUCUUUGUUGCAUGUUCCGGAAGGAUCACCAAUAUCCUUGGCUGCUCGGCUACAAUCGACUGGGUCAUACUCAGAAUGUUGGGACUCGUUAAUGGAGCUUCAAGCAUGUACUGGAGAGGUUAUACUGUUCUUUCUUAAUGGUGAGACACAUUUAGGUAACAAUUGUUGUCGAGCAAUUCAUGUGAUCCAACACAGCUGUUGGCCUGCUAUGCUUGGGUCAUUAGGUUUUACUCAAGAGGAAGGGGAUAUCCUACGCGGAUACUGUGAUGCCGCUGCCAAUGUUGUACUGUGA